AUGCCCGCUGAGCACAACCUCCUCUGCGGCCCAGACACCCUCCUCUCCAGGCCAUCCACCUCCAGUCUUCCCCAGUGGAUCAAGGACGGCCUCAUCCCCAAGUCCUCCUUUGCCUUCUCCGAGUUGUCCCCCAAGAACUCCACAGAGAUCCUGCUCCGCAAGAUCAGCCCAGGCACCACAGAGUCCUCCAGAAAGCUCCAGCCAGCCUACUUUGAUCGCAGCCAGAGCAGAAACAAAUCAGCUCUUUUUCUUUUGACGGGCAGCCUUGCUGAGCUGCUCCUCACCAUAUCAUAG